AUGUUCUGUGCCCUCCCUUACACCCUUUCUCUCCGUUUCUGUCCAGACACAUUUGCCAGUCGAGUGGCUGCUAUCCAAGACCAGUAUGCCGACGCUUCCAUUGGUAAUGUCACCGGGAGCAAUGCCGUCAACGUCUUUCUGGGAAUCGGGGUGGCCUGGUCCAUCGCCGCUAUCUACUGGGCCACCAAGGGACAGAAGUUCCAAGUGGAGCCUGGAAAUCUGGCUUUCUCAGUCACCAUCUUCACCAUCUUCGCCUUCAUCGCCAUCGCCAUCCUCAUGUACCGGCGGCGACCGCAAAUCGGAGGUGAACUCGGAGGCACGAGGGUCAGCAAGACCAUCACCUCUGGCUUCUUUGUGACUCUCUGGCUGGCCUACGUCAUCCUGUCCUCCCUGGAGGCAUACUGUCACAUCAACGGCUUCUGAGGCCCGGGUCCUGAGGCCUCGUCACCGAACAGUCCUGAGGCCUGGUCGCCUAGGAGUUCUGAGGCCUAGUCAUCUGGGAGUUCUAAGUCCUGGUCGCUUAGGAGUUCUGAGGCCUAGUCUCUGGGGAGUUCUGUGGCCUAGACUUUUGGGAGUUCUGACAUCUCGUCUUUGGAGGUUCUGAGGCCUAGUCCAUGGGAGUUCUGAGGCCGAGACUUUUGGGAGUUCUGAGGCCUGGUCCCCGGGAGUUCUAAUGCCUCGUCCUUUGACAGUUCUGAGGCCUAGUCCUUUGAGAGUUCCGAGGCCUAGCGGUUUGGGAGCUCUGUGGCUUGGUCCCUGGGGAGUUCUGAGGCCUGGUCACGGGGUGAUUAUGGUUUACAUAUACUUGGAAAGGUGCAGACUCCCAAAGAGCUGGGUUUAUCUGAUGAGACAUUAAGAUCAUGCAAUGUGAAAGCAAAUUCUUCUCACACCCAGGAGCAGGACUCCUCCCACCUCCCCUCCCUUACUGUUUGACCUUAGAGAUGGGGGCAGGUUAGUAGUACAGCCGUUGGAUGACAUAGGCCACGCAGUCAAAUCCCUACCCAGCUCCUGGUCGGACUUUAAUCCAACGAAUAGAAUUAACAUCUUGUCUCAGGGACGGAGACCAUCCAUUGUUCAGUCACUAAAGCUGUUGAGGAAGUGAGGAAAUCUGCCGACCUUACCUAGCCGGGCCUACAUGUGGCUCCAGUCUGAUAGAGGCAAUUACAGAUGGCUAAUGGAUGGUGGGCCUAGUCAGGAAAGGCCCAAUCACAUGAUGCAAUACUGUAGACACCUGGCCCCUCUGGGACAGGAGCCUCCUGAGGGAACUGGGGAUGCAGGGGGAUUUGGACUGGGUACCAGUGUUCCCCCACCCCCACAGGAACCUGCCCCAUAUUCAGCCGUGACUGGCUCUGACCCCACAAAUUGACACUGCCCUCCCUUCAAUAUCCCACA